AUGGCGGUGGCAUAUCCGGCGUAUCAGCUGCUCUUCAACUCCGUAGCAAGAUCAGCCUACGAGCUCCCAGUAUUUCUGCUACUCCUUGCCUUAAAAAUCGCUCUCAAGAACCUCGUAUCACUCGACUUAGCCGAAUUGGCGGACUUGAUCCCGGAAAACAUCAUUUUUACAAAUCAUUUCUUCAAUGCCAUCUACUUAGCCACAUCGUUGUACGGGAUCUACCGCUCAUCUACGCGGAUCAUGAAGCAACUUCGCCACACUAUCGGACCAUCUAUGAGCGAAGACAAAUUGCUGUUCGCUGCAUACUUGCUGUGUCACUGCUACGGCAAAUUCACGAAAGAAGAACGCGCACAAGUGCAACACAUCGCUUCUCUUCGCAAGACUCUCGCUACUCUAUUUACUAUCGAGUGCAUGAUUCUGGCCGAGUACGUUGAGUUCGUCAUCCCAUUGUUGUACGGCAACUAUAUCCUCAUGAUGGUUCACCUCCCAAGCGCGCGAUACCACACAGAACUCACUGGCGUCAAUGAGGAGAAUGUCGUGUCUACCGUGCAUAUGGUCUUCCUGUACGGACUACUGGAGUUCGGCGUCGAUAUCACCUUUCAGUUUUCGUGGAUGCAUGACAAGAGCCACAUCUAA